CCUCAUUUCCUCUCAACCAAUCAUCACACCAUCCUAGUUUCUAAUCAACAGCAAUCGCAAAUCAAAUAAUCAUUUCUCUAAUCGAAGUUUAGAAACAAAAUUAAUUGCCCGAGAAAAAUGUCAGGCAGAGGAAAGGGAGGAAAAGGAUUGGGAAAGGGAGGAGCCAAGAGGCAUCGGAAAGUUCUAAGAGACAACAUCCAAGGGAUUACGAAACCAGCGAUUCGCCGACUUGCGAGAAGAGGAGGAGUGAAGCGUAUCAGUGGUUUGAUCUACGAGGAGACUCGCGGCGUUCUCAAGAUCUUCCUCGAGAACGUCAUCCGCGACGCCGUUACUUACACGGAGCACGCUCGCCGGAAAACUGUGACGGCCAUGGACGUCGUUUACGCUCUCAAGAGACAGGGCCGGACUCUUUACGGAUUCGGUGGCUAAUUCCGAUUGCUUUCAGUUUCUGAUUUUGUAAAAUCUUUCGAUUUCUAGGAUUUGCGAUCAUCGCUGUUUAAAGAUGAAUGAAUUGAAAAGAAAAAAAUUAUGCAUAUUU